AUGCCCUCGUACACAUCGCCCCGCAACGUCUCAGGCCCGCUAGCUGUCGACAAAGCCGCCAUGGCUGCCGCCGCCGAUGAGAACAGCCCGUGGGCCCGCCCCAACCACUACAGCACCCCCAACUCAAAGACGUCACAGUAUAUUGAUAAGAUCACACAAGAGAACGACCGCCUGCGACGAGAACUCAGGGCCGAGAAGCUCGCAAGAGAAGAUGAGGCCAAGCGUUGGUCGGCUGCGCAAACCAAAGCCGAAGACUCCCGCGCCGAGCACCAACAUCUCCAAGUGCUUGCCGACACCAAUGCGCGAGCCAUAGAGCGGAAAGACCGGAAGCUCGAAGAACUCAAGGCCACACUCGACGCCGAAAUACAAAGAAGGAAGUCCGCCGAACAGCGAGCCGAAGAAGCGCUGCGGAUGCUGGGCGACACACGAUCCGAGACGCAACGACAGCUUUCGCAAGCAUACGAGAUGAGGGGCAUGGCAGACACGAACCUCGAAACAGCACGAGACGGCUUCAAGCGCAUCACCGACGGCUACGAGAAGAAGGUCCGCCAAAUCAACGACGAGCUCAACGAGCUACGGAGAAAGCGCCUCGAAGACGCCGACAAGAUCAAGCGACAAGCCAUCAUCAGCGACCAGCUGCAACACGAAUCUUCGCGAUCCACACGGGCCGAGGCUAAGCUGGUCAAUCUGAUGGAGGUAUACAAAAAAGAGCACCGGAAAGAGAUGGAUGGUCUCAUACAGGAAGCAGAGAGGCUGCGACGCGCACUGCCAGAGAAGGAGCGCGAGGCACAGAAACUUGUCGAUUCGUUGGAACAAACCCGCGAUAAGAUGCGAUGGGUCAUGACUCAACAUGAACGGCAAACUGGGGGGAAAUGA